AUGUCUGGAAUUAGCAAAGCGUGCUGCUCCAUCCCUCCGGUGGUUUCUAAAGGAUAUCAGGCCAAAGGCACCUAUCAAACCAUCAAUGGCCUGAAAACCUAUGUCACUGGCCCCGAGUCAGCCUCGAAGGCCAUCCUGGUCGUCUUUGAUAUCUUCGGCUUUUUCGACCAAACCAUCCAGGGCGCCGAUAUCUUGGCCACCUCCAACGAGCAGAAGUACCGCGUCUUCAUGCCUGAUUUCUUCGAAGGGAACCCUGCCGACAUCUCCUGGUAUCCCCCAACCACGGACGAGCACAAGCAGAAGCUCGGGGACUUCUUCUCCACCCAGGCAUCUCCACCUAAGACGCUGUCCAAGAUCCCGGCCAUCGUGGCCGAGGCAAACCAGCUCGCCCCCAGCGGUGCCUUCCAGUCGUGGUCAAUCUUGGGAUUCUGCUGGGGCGGGAAGAUCGCCGCGUUGUCCGCCGGGGCGAACAAUACCCUCUUCAAGGCCGCGGCGCAGGCUCACCCGGCUAUGGUUGACCCGAAUGACGCCAAGAGCGUGAACGUGCCCUUCGCCAUGCUGGCUUCCAAGGACGAGCCGGAAAAUGAUGUUGCUGCUUUCAAAGCUAACCUGCAGGUUCCUAAUCAUGUCGAGACGUUCUCGACUCAGAUCCAUGGUUGGAUGGCUGCUCGGUCGGAUCUCGAGGAUGCCGAAGUGCGCAAGGAGUACGAGCGCGGCUACAAAACCGUCCUGGAAUUCUUCCAUCAGCAUGCCUAG